CCUCUUCUCUCUCUCUCUCAGCAGCUGUCUCUCUCGUGCCCGCUGGCCUGUCUCUCUCCUUCCCCGCAGUCGCCUCCUUCUCUGCCUGCCUGGGUGGCCGCCAUGGGCCGGAAGCGGCUCAUCACCGACUCCUACCAUGUAGUGAAGAGGAGGGAGGGCCCCGUUGGGCACAGCAAGGGGGAGCUGGCACCAGAGCUAGGGGAAGAGCCCCAGCCCCCGAGCGUGGAUGAAGCAGAGCUGGAGCUGCUGAGGCAGUUCGAUCUCGCCUGGCAGUACGGGCCCUGCACAGGGAUCACACGGCUGCAGCGCUGGCAUCGGGCGGAGCAGAUGGGCUUGGAGCCGCCCCCAGAAGUGCGUCAGGUGCUACAGACCCACCCUGGAGAUCCCCGCUUCCAGUUCAGCCUCUGGCAUCUCUAUCCUCUUUGAGGUACCACCUAAGACCUCCUGCCCGCUCUCCCAGAGCCUCAAGACACAAGUGACAGCCAGUUGGUGCCCCCUUGACUCAGUUCUGCUGUGAAGAACCUUUAGCAGGAAAGAGCCUCAGAGAGAAAAGAGGCUGAAUCUGGAGGUCUCGGAGGCUCAGGCCUCCCUCUAACCAGCAGGCUCCUGGAGCCCCCUCUGAGGGCCAACUCAGCUGAAGCUUGCACUUCCAACAGGGAGGGUGGUCUUGAGGACAAGGACCUGGCCAUGACCUUUCAGAUGCCUGCUACACUCCUCCCUGACCACAAAUCCUGUGGUCCUGGGAAUAGUGUGGCAAAUAGGCACAGCCCUGGACACAGUCAGACAGGAUCUAAGGCAAAGAUGCACUCCCCACCUAAGGCUGGGAAUCUUGAGGGCAGAACUGGCAAGGGGUUCACUAACGCUUAUCAAUAAAGAACACGGAGUCUGGAAGCCUGACCUUCAGUCCCUUAAUGUGGCCCUGCGUGGGCUGGCAGCAACCAGCAAGUUGAUAGGUGAGAGAGAACCAGCGCUCCGCCGUCCCUCCGCGGCCCAACCCUACACCUGAGACGGAAGAAAGACGCCUUCCUAGACCCUGGGACGAGUCCUCAUUAGAGCCCAUCAGCCUCUGGCGCCUCCUGGUGGUCUACAGGGAAACUACUCUUGAGCCAACUGGAGGGACCAGCCAGAGAAAACCUCCCUGACAGAGCCACCAGCCUGCCCAGUGUGGCCCACCUCACAAAAAUGGGUCCUUUGUCAGAGGAGGAUCCACACAAGCCUUAUAAAGUCCAGACCUACACAUUCCCGGAAAGGACCUCUGCUUCCCACAUCGAGGCCACCUGGAUCCAAAGCAGCAUUGAGGAGGUCCUGCUCCGAGAUGGCCAUCAUCUGAUGGGCUCUGGUGGGGACUGGGUGCGGCCGAAACAAUGAUUAGGGGACCCUGGGAUGGUCUGACAUGGAGAAUGGAGUCAGUGCUCCUCACCCUGUGUUUCUGUGCUAGCCCUCCAUCCCGAGCAGACAGAGACAGCACCACUGUUAACUCCUUGGGGACGGGCCCACAGAGCCGCCACGUGGCCUCUUCAGCCCCCACUGUCCUGGGCACUGCCUGUGCCUCAAUCACUGUAAAUGAAUCAUCUUUAGUGCCCUAAAGGGCACUCAAGGUAGAUUUUAUAGGGAGGGGGCCUGAAGCCCGGAGGAGCUGCGUGGGGCUGCUUGGCGGCACCCGCAGGGACGUGGGGAUGAGAGGCCGGGAUCUGCCCGUCUACACCCGGGCCCCAGCUCAUCGGCUGAGCACCUGCUGUAUCCCGGGCUCUAGAGGUCCUCUCGGGUGGUGUUAGCGGUGAGGAGAUAAAGAAGACAUACAGGUAAAUAUUAAGUGGUAGGCAAAGUGAGGGUUAGAGGUCAAAGAAGGCCCGGGGUGCUUCAAGAGGUUGAUCAGGGAAGCUCUCCAACAGGGUGGCAUUUCAGCGGAGACCUGAACGAAGCACAGGAACGGGCCCUGCACCUACAGGGGCGCUCUGGACAGAAGAAUAGCAAGCACAUGUCCCAAGACAGGAGCGUGUGCGUCCUGGUCCAGGAGCAGCACGGAGGCCACGCAGCCAGGGCGCAGACGGAGGCAAGAGGAGGACGGCGGGAAAUGAGGCCGGAGAGGUAGCAGGCUGUUCCCACUGGGCCUUGCAGGCAGGCUGAGAGAAGGAAUCUAGCUUUUAAUCCGAGUGAGACAGGAAGACACUGGUGGGUUUUAAGCCAAUAAAUGACAUAAUCAAGCUUA